AGUAGUGACUAACCUGUGCCUUAAAAGAGUAUAGUUACAAUUUACGGAAGAGAAAACCUAAAAGGGCGUAAAAAGAAAAGAAAAGUAAAGGCGUCAUCUUUAAAUAAUUGAAGAUAGAUCUCAGUAUUUUCAAAUGUUGAAUUUUUUUCGUAACUUGUUCCGUUCGAAACAUUCAAAAUCUCAGAAGAAAUCGUCGAAAAAGGAGAAAGCGAAUGAGGAACAAGACGAUGGAAUACAUGCUGUGUUCACGCCAUUCGAUCCAGAUCAGGCUAUUGGUAUUGGAGGUAAUCUCGAUGAUAUAAGAAAUACAGAAUUGCUUGAAAAUCGUGCUCAUAAAGAUAGAUCAAAAAUUCGGCAAAAAGUUAGACCUCCUACAUUUCUUCAUAAUCGUCAGGCUGUGGUGUUGAAAAAUGAAAGAAUUGGUAAUGAAUCUACAGUUGAGACUACUAAAACUGACUCCAAAUCGUUACCUGAAAAUUCUUUAGUUAAGGAAGAAAGUAAUAAAGAAAUAGAACCUAAUACAAACUUGCAAGAAUUAGGUUCAAAGUCACAUUCUCCGGUGAACUCUGUAAUUGAGGAGCAGACAAAGGCUGACGAAAGUGGCAAUAGAAAGGAGGACAAUACUGAUGAUGAUAGUAACUCUGACGAUAAAGGGAGAAAAUCCUUCUCCGAGAAUAAUGAUCCUAUUCCUGUCGUCAACACUUCUGUCAUCCUGCUUGCCGAAGAUGUGCACAAAGAAGAAGAUAGAAUUCAUGAACAAAAUGUUACAAGUAUAACAGUUGAAGAAAAAAUUAUAAAUCAGAUCGAUGAAAAGGAAAGUACACAAGAGUCAGGCCCUACUGUUGUUGCAAUUGACGUUUACGAAAGAAAAGAGACCUUAUCUACCAGUGAGGAUGAGAAGUCUGUAGCUGAAGUUGAGCCUGAGAAAGAGAGUGAGACUGAAGCGCCAACGCCAGUUCUCGAUCAAGCUAGUACGAACACAAUUGAAAUAAGUUCCAGUAGAACCUCUGAGAUCCAACAACCUAACAAUACUGUCUAUGAUAAUAUCACAAUUAAACAGCCGGUUACGAAAGCUCCUUCAUUUUCCCAAAAAUCUAGGCAAAUGGAAUCUACCGUUGAACUAAGAGAACCAAAAUCUUCAAUGUUUAAUCAAGAGGAAGAACAGCAUGAAGAUAACUCUGAGCCCGUUGUUAGAUAUAGAGAGAAGUCUGUUGUAAAAAGUUCAGUUGAAGAAGAGCCUGAUACCGAGAAGCCAGCUUGGGUAGCUAUGGCUUUGAAAAGGUCUUCAAUUUGGAAAGAUCCCGACGAAGAGUCAUCCGCUGUUAACCCUUCAAAAGACGAAAAUGUUGAAAAUAAACCACCUAAUGUGGAGAGUUCCGAAAAUAAGCCAAGAACGAAACCUGCAAUUAAUAAACCUAAACCCUCUUUUAUACCGAAAGAUACAGCAGAAGAGCCCCUCUUUCAAAAGAAUCAAGGAGCAGAUAUAGUGAAACCUAGUGAUCUUCGAAAAACAAAAUCUAUAAAAGCGGCAGCGUCUCCGAGAUUAAAUCGUCAGAGUGCACCAGCGGUUGAAAGGCCGUUGGAAGAAAAUUCUACCGAGACAAACGCUAAACAAACGGGAAAACCUUCCAGGGUUUCUAGUUUAACUAAAAAGUGGGAAAGUGUUCGAUAA